AAAGAUAGUAUCCCACCUAUUUUAACAGUGAUUUAUCUGAAAUGUGUAAGAAACAUAAGACUUAUGAAGAUCACAUUUUAUUUAAUAAUAAUAAUCUUUUUAUUGAACUCUGUAGCGGUGUAACUAAAAUUUUAAAUUUCGGACUGGAAAAACAAUUUGACCCGUUUUAACAUGUGUUUUUAAUGAUAAUGACGACAUACGAUAGAGAAGUUUGUGAUUGGCUGAAGAAGUUGUUCCUGGUGGAAAGUUUCGGCUGAUUGGCUGACCAAGUUGUUGUCCCUGAGACCUGGCUAAAAUCUAAAGGUAUCCUUCAGUGACAUUAUGGAAAUGCACAGCAAUGACUUUUGACGAACAUCAGGGAGUUGCCCAUCAUGGCGGCGUUGGAAUGCCAUCGGGAUUCGCCCUCAACCACGCUUGGGAGGAUACAUUUCGCAGCUGAGCCCAUGGAGACGUGGAAACGUCAUAUCAUCCGGCAACUCAAACAUCGGGACAAGACACAGAAUAAAAACUUUCAGGAUGUCAUACGAUCGUAUAUCAGUCUGCUGGAGAGGACCAAACAGAGAGCUCUCAUCCUGGGCUCUAUGGCAAGGCCUCCCCCUGUGACCUUUACUUGGGAUUCCUUGACAGCUCAAGCCUCUGACCACAACAACCUGGUGAAGGAUCUGGAGAAGACCACGGGGGAGUUGGCAUACCAGGUGCUGCAGCUUCAGCAGAAGAUAGAAAUCAAAGAUGCCGUACUCGAAGAGCAGCAUGCCAGCAUGUGUGAGGUGCAGACCCGGCUGGCCCAGGUGGAGUCCGACCGGGGAGAGCUGCGGGCCAGCGCGACCCAGAUCAGGGAGCGGAACCGGUCCUUGAAGCGGGAGUACGACACCCUGCUGGAGCAGCGCAGCGACAAGGAGAAGGAGUACCGGCAGGCCAGGGAGAUGGGCCAGGAGAUGGUGGAGGACAUGAUCAAGAACAAGCAGGAUGCCGCCAUGAAGAUGAACAACCGCAACGAGAAGAGAGUCAGGGCCAAAGAGGCCAACCUUCACAAGGAGCUGGAGCUGGCUGCCAGGAAGACGGUGGACAUCGACUAUGGGUCGGCAAGUGUGCCACAGCUGAAAAUCACCAACUCUGCAGACCCGGGUGUUGUGGAGAAAUGCCAUGCACGCGUGUUCAGGUCAGCAUCUGCCACGUCCCCCAGGAUCCUUAGCUCCAUCAGAGAUCUCUUCGAUAGGAAGAAGAGGAGAGGGAACUCGGUGUGUUGUCUGGAGGAGGACAUGUACUCUCCUGUGGGGAUCUGCCUGGCUGCCAGAGUCCCUGCAGUAGCCAAACACUCGCUGGACGCCCAUGAGUUGAGCAUCAACGCGGUUCGUUUCAGCGCCUGUACCAACUUGCUGGCCACAGGUGGCACAGACCGGGUCAUCAAGCUCUGGGACAUCACAGCAGGCAUGCUGCACCACAGGGGAACACUAGAUGGCAGCAACGAGGGCAUCACAAGCAUCGAGUUUGACCCGACGGGCACCAGGAUUCUGGCUGCAUCAUACGACAAAUCGGCCCUCUUUUGGAAGCUGGAUGAUUGUGUUCCCAAGUUCACUCUGACGGGCCACUCGCGUAAGGUGACGGCGGCCAAGUUCAGGUGCAGCCAGCGGCAGGUGGUGACUGGCAGUGCCGACCGCACAGUGAAGGUGUGGGACCUGCAGCGGGCAGCAUGCAUUCAGACCAUUGAGGUGCUAUCCUACUGCAGUGAUGUGGUCUGCUCGGAGUACUUCAUCGUCAGUGGUCAUUACGACAACAAGGUCCGCUUCUGGGACAGCAGGGCUGCCAGCUGUACUCAGGAGCUCCCCCUGCAGGGGAAGGUGACGUCUCUGGACAUGUGCCCAGACCAUCGGCAAUUACUCAGCUGCUCCAGAGACGAUAGCCUGCAGGUAGUGGACCUCAGGAUGAGCAACGCACGCAUCUCCUUCAGGGCUGAUGGCUUCAAGUGUGGAUGUGACAGCACGAAGGCCAUCUUCAGUCCUGAUGGUAGCUACCUGGCAGCUGGUUCUGCAGAUGGGGCCGUCUACAUCUGGAAUGUCCACUCCGGAAACCUGGAGAAGCGCCUGCCUGGCAUGCACAGCUCCUCCAUCAACGCAGUGGCAUGGUCGCUUUCGGGGGAGUUUGUGGUGAGCGUGGACAAGAGCCGCCGUGCCGUCCUGUGGAGCGACAUCUAAGCGCCUCAGAGGCAGGAUUGGGGGACGCCAAGUUCAUUUUCGCAUCACCAUGACGACAAUGCACCUUGAGGGAAACUAAACAAGUUCUGUCGCUCCUGUGGGUAUACUGAGACACACAAAUGCCGAAUCCCUGGUGUACGCUGACUCCAGGGUUGCAGCAAGUACAUUGAUUGCGGCAGUUGGUUGGUUGACUACGGCUUGGCUGGAAUCUCUGUUUUGUAUUUCUUCCAAAGCCUCAGAUGGUACAGACGGACAUUUUUUGUGUCUUUUCAAGAGUCUGAGCAGGCAUAUGUGUUGCAGUAUUUUCUCCCAGAAGUGUUUUGUGUUCAUGCCAAUAGGAACAAGUCACUCUGUGACCUUCUGUAUGCAUAAAAGGCACUUGUGCACUCUUGGGUCACUGCUGAGUAGAGCACUUCCUCACUUCCUGGGAAUGUGUGAUGUCAUAAUGAGUGUGGCAUGGGAACAGAGGGAGUAGUUUUACUGACAGAAGGGGAAAAGCAUUCAAAAAAGAAAAAAAAUCCAAAAAAAGAUACAAAAAAAGAAACAAAAAACAAUAGAUACAAAAAAGGGAAAAACAAGGGCUAAACGUCUCUCUGCCCGAAAAGGACCUGUAGUAAAACUAAAAUGUUGUUUUCAGCACCUCUUCAGAUCGGCGUGGGAUCAACCACAGUGCAUAUGAAGCCACAUCACUCACGCGACACUUUAUACUCAUGGGGGCUUAUUCACCACUGUGAGGUUUUUGUUUUUGGCUUUCUGUGAAGAACAAAAAAGGGAAAAAAAUGAAAAGGGGACUGGAAAUGGGGAACUGGACUGGAAAUGGGGGAAAACCCAUGUCUUAAUAAAGAAUACAUGUGUUAGUCUGAUGGGGGACAACUCUUAUAUCUCAAUAAACAAUAAAUGUGUUAGUCUGUCUGAUGCUGCGUGUUUGGACCCUUGUAGACGUUUGUUUAUGUGCUUUUGAAAUGCUGCCAAGGUUUUUGUGUCUUUCUUCAUGAGAGAAAAAGGAGAUUUGUGUUGGCAGUUCUGAAAUAAGUGAUGAGCUGAAAUGUUGCACUUGCUCAGUGCUGUCUCUCUCUGCCUCUGCCUCUUUAUCUCCUUAAUUGUCAUUUUCCCUCUCUCCUCUCUCCCCCCUUCUCUCUCUCUUCCCUCUGCAGUCACAAGGACUCUUGUCUGUUUUCAGAUCCCCCCCCCCACUGACUGGCAGGGAUUCGGCCCAGAUUUGGCGCUAAUCCGGCAGCUAAGCGCCACGUCAAGGGGCCGGAUCCCUCCCAAAGUCAGCUGCCGUGGCAUUUACAUUUAAAAAGGACCCUGCUUCCUUUUAAUCAGCCCCCAGGACUUUGAACCGCAUGGGUCACGUGGCCGGGGGCAGAAGCUGAGGUCUGGCCGCUGCGCAUAAUUUACCUCUUGUGCUCAUCUUUCUGUUAACUGGAGUUUAGCUCAGAACUAGCGCUCGUGCCUCUGUACAUGACCUUGUCCCUUUCUUUAAUAUAGAAGUGCCUGCAUGGGUUGUAGGAGAAGUAGGUCACUUGCAGCAUUAUGCACUGUAUGCAAGUCAUGUAAAAGAAGUGCAGUUGUCAGCAGAAAAGAUUGUUUGAUGCGUCUGUGCAAGCAUAAGUGUGCCCUUCCCAGGUCAAGCUGGCAUUCUUUAGUCUAAAUAUGAAUUCCCUCUUGUCUGAGCAUGGUCUCCCUGAUAGAGGGUGCUUGCCAUUAGUUGCAGCUGCCAGCGCUCAAGACAUUUUAGUUUUUCAUGUUCCUCUCUAGACUGUUCCACAUGCCAGGUUAAAAAGCAUUUAUCUAUUCAGUGUAUGAAGGCAGUCUUUUAAGUUGUUAGGAUACAGUCUGUAUUACUGUGGCUCCAAGAUAGAGAAUACUGCAGCUACAUUUGCUAGCUACCAGCCUGGUGCAUAGGUAGUGAGGUAGGGAUUUGGUUGUAAAAUACAGACAAACACAUUAAAUAUACAUGCUUUACCCAGCAUACAUUCCACCACCAGUUACCUGCAAAUGUGAUGAGUCAGAGGUGAACACAUUACUGGGUAAGGAACGACCUCAGACACCCAAAAUGUCUGUUCUGAAAACAGGGUUUUCUGUUAAAUGGGGAAAUGAAUUACAAAGAUCAGUUAAGAUAUGUUUACCAUACUGAGAAAAUGUGUUGAUGUCAAAAAGCUUUUUUUUGUCUUCAUCUUUCCAACCUUUUGGUUGUUUAUAAUUGGAAGGGCUCUAUAUGUAAAUGUAUACUUGAAAUUGUCUACAAGUUGUUCUUUGUUAAUUUGGUGUCAGUUGUGUGUUGUAAAAUAGUUUUGUCUGUUUUUGCUGUUUUAAUAUAAAAGGAAGGAAUUUUGGGGUGACACUUUACAUUGCAUGGCAGUUAUUAUAUUGUAACUAUACCAACGAUUACAGUUCAACAAACUGAUGUAAAUCAGUGUUGAACAGCUUAGAUUAAAUAAUCAUAUAUGAACUCCAACCGUAUCUAUGUGCAUACACAGAAUGUGUGUGUUAUUGCUUACAGUGUGUUACUAUGUCCUUAAUAAUGUAUUUAAAGUGCGACCCCAUCUUUGUUUGUUUGUUUUGCAUGUUUUUGUUUGUGUCACUUAAAGGUGUAUGUAAACUAGCUGUGCAAUUGAAAUGUCUUCUUAUGAAGCUACAUGUUUGUCUGUAAUAAUGUAACAUUGCCAUGAUUUAUCCUGAUGGGUUUUUUAUAUAUAAUUAGUAGUAUUGUUCUGGGGGGAAAUACAAGAGAUACCAACGGGUUUUUUUAUCAAGGGAUGUAUUGUCUGGCACCCAUUUGUGUUUCCAAGAAAUAAAACAUAUAUCUGA